AUGAAAUAAUAGCUUAGUUUGAAAGAUGGCGCCUUUGAUCGCUUAUCUGCUCUUGCUAGCAGGCGUAGUUCACGCCCGCCAUGAAAAUUAUGAAGGCCACCUGCUGUACCGUAUAUGGGGACCAUCACACCAAAUUAGCUCGUUGGAAGCUAGUAUAGACAUUUUAUCUGCAAAACCUGCUGCCAUAUCGUCAUCGAGACAACUGGAAGCCUUAAUCAGACUUUCUCCACAAGAAAAAGAACAAUGGCUGCCUUACUUCGAGAAGAACGAUAUGGGCUACAAGUUGGUCUCCGACAACUUAGCAAACAUUCUCCGUGCUGAAGAAUCGCAAAUCAACAGAGCUAGAGAAACUGUUAAUACAAACAGUACUAUUACUUGGGAUGCCUAUUACAACUCAGAACAGAUAUUUAAAUACAUUGACGAAGUCGGCGAAAAGUACCCUAAUCUUGUAACAGUCAUUAAUGCUGGUCUCAGUUAUGAAGGUCGUCAAAUUAAGUACGUAAGGAUUUCUACGACCCGCUUCGAAGAUACUCGCAAACCCGUGAUAGUAAUCGACGCAGCGGUUCAUGCCAGAGAAUGGGUUACCUCACCAGUGGCCCUGUACCUAAUUGAACAACUUGUAACUGGCGCAGAUAAGGAACUCUUAGAAAAAAUCGACUGGAUCAUUAUUCCCAUGGCCAACCCUGACGGUUACGAAUACUCCAUUAACGAGGACCGUCUUUGGCGUAAAACUCGGUCUAAGUCGCAUAAGGGCGCCGAUGAAUGCCCUGGUGUUGAUGGCAAUCGUAACUUUGACUUCCACUUUGGCUCGAGACCUGCUUCUGCUGAUCCUUGCUCUAUUAUCUAUGAAGGACCAUCAGCUUUUUCUGAGCCUGAAAUCCGUGUGAUUAGAGAUGCUGUGCUGUCAAAUUUACCUCGUACGGCCCUAUACAUCUCCCUACACAGUUACGGAAACAUGUUCCUAUACGCAUGGGGACACAAUGGCACCCUCCCAUCUAAUGGACUGGCCCUUCACCUCGCUGGCAUCAGAAUGGCGACUGCUAUUGACAAAGUCAAACUAGACAAAGCAACUCCUUACAUAGUAGGCAACGCUGCCCAGGUGCUAUAUUUCACUAGUGGCACCUCUCGAGACUGGACCCGCUCCGUUGGUAUUCCCCUCACCUACACCAUGGAGCUGCCUGGCUAUGAAUACGAAUUCAUUGUACCACCAACCUACAUAAAACAGAUUAUCACCGAAUCUUGGGCAGGUAUCGCAGAAGGUGGCCACUAUGUUCUUUAUAUGUAUAAUUAAAUUGUUACAUUGCUACAAUAAAUAUUUUUUUAAGAA